AUGCACGAGCAACAGGUCCGCAACAAAAAACCGACCACUGAGCCCAAGUUACCUGUUAAGGCAGAAGUCGAACCCAAGUUUCUGGUCCGAGCCACCGAGCCAGGAUAUCUCGGGAGGCAACAAGUGAUGCUCUGGAGGCUAGCCAAGGAGCUAGAAAUACAUCAGGGAUCACCCCCCUGUCUCCGCAGCUAUGAAGGGGAGAACCCAAAAGAGCAAAGGACGAACCGAAGGCUAUACUUCGUGCCAAGCAAGAGCAACCGCCACUGGGGCCUGGAAGGGGAAAAGGGCGGGAUACCGGAGAAGGCAUCGAGAGGAGCCAAGGGGGAGAAAGGGGAUCAGGAAGAUAAGGAAUCAACUGAGCACGAACCAUUAUUGAUCUUAAGUAUCGGGAUGACUCGGGCCGAUGCCACUGAGUUGACAGCGAAGAUAGGAGCUCAUCGGGCCUCGAGCAGAAUCCUGAAGGAUAAGGGCAGCCUUCCAACGACAGCAGCUCAGGCAACCUCAGGAAAAGAAAGUAAGGGGACAACUAAGAAAGAAGCAGAACAGCCCAGGACUAACAGAUAUGGUGGAGCAGAUAAUGACCCCCCAAACCUCGUGAAAAUGGCUUCCGGUGUCUUGAGCUUAAGAGACCAGUCCUGGAGCCACAGGUACGCAGCAACGAAUCCGGGGGGGUGUGACCCAGACAGCAAUAUGUAUUGUCUAGGCGAAUAUGGAGGACAGCAAUACGUAGCCCGAGGAUUUCUGGGCUCUAUGCCAACUGCAAUGAUGCGUCUGACUAAUGAGAUGAACUGGGAGGACUUUAUAGAAGGAAGGGACGGACUGAGGGGAUACAUCAUGGGCCCUACAGAAAAUAGCCAGUCAUGGAAGGGACUUUUAUGUUGUGUAGUGUCUAGGGCGUUAGCAAUCUCAGUGAUUAAAGCCAAAUCCAAAGGAAAAACUGCCCAAAUCUGGGAAAAGGGCCAAUGGCAGAGCAUCUUGAGGAAUGCAACCACUAAAGAUUGGUCAAAAAGCGCCACAGGGAAGAGCAUGCUCAUGACCGUAGGGUGUAUAAUAGCUGCCAUGAUGGUCAGGCCUAGUCAUGAUAAGGAAAUCAGCGGGCGCCUAAGGAAAAGUUGCGAGACAGUGUGGCAGGAGGUAGCGCUGGAGUUGGAAGCUCCCGGAUCUCAGGGCACCUCAGGGGAACUGACAACAUUAAACGAUUUCUUGGAGAAGCUUCGGGAGGUGAGAGGGACAAACCAGGAAAGAUAUGAUGGUUUUGGGUUUCUUAUCAGUCUAUAUUAUGGACUAAUGAGUUGUUGUAGAUAUGGGAGGAAUUAUGAAUUAACGAGGUUAAUAAGAAAAGAAGGAUGGAGUCUAGAAAAAAUGGGAUCGUGCAAGAUGGACGGACAAGAGCUUAACUGUGAAGGACAGUUAAAACAAGUCGAGGGGGAUGCAUUGAAUAUCUGGAAUAGAGGGAGCCCUAUCCUCAUAUCCCAAGUCCAACGGAUGGAACCGAAAAAACUCAAACUCACCACAGGGUCAGAAAAGGGUGACGAAGCCGACGCGGCUGAGGUGGAGCAGAUAAAGAGAAAAAAUGAGGAAAAAGGGGCUAAGCUAAUGGAGCAACAUAAGAACACUAAGACGAACACUGCUAUCGUCGCUGCAACAGGGACGAGGACCAGCUUGACAAGCGCGGAUACCCAGAAUCCUGCUCCCCGCAGCCUAGGUGCCGUCACCUCCCCCCAGACGAGCCAGACUCCAUUGAGAAGUGACGUCGGAGUGGCCAGGGACCAAAAUCUCACAGGUGAGGUGGCCGUUUCUCCCCCGCGAUCCGCAGUGACAAGAGAGACCACCCCAAAUCUGGACCGAGCAGAGUCCCUGAUCCCUUCAGGCCUCUAUCUGAAUCCAGACGAAGCGAAAGGACCAAGACAGACAAGCUCCGCCCAUUCCUCACGGAGCAGGGGGACACGAAAGCAGGAACAAGACCGACCCCCCCCAACGGGCGUGGCCGAUCCAACAGGAGGAGGGAGUAGGACGAUAGGGAUCAUAGGGGCAGCUGUAUCAGGACUAUUAGGUCUGGCCAGUUUGUAUGGUUUUUACCGAAUAUUUAAGUCAACCAAAGGAGGCACUGGAAGGAGGGGGUACCGAGGGGAGAAGUUCCUGGGUCGAAUAGGAUAUGGAGUAGCAAAGGCGAAUGCUCAAGCCACCGACUGA